AUGAACAUUCUCCCCAAGAAGAGCUGGCACGUCCGUAAUAAGGACAACGUAGCCCGGGUGAGAAGAGAUGAAGCUAAGGCAGCCGAAGAAGAGCGAGAAGCCAAGCGGAGAGUGGAGCGUGCAGAACAAGAGGCACGCACCGAGUUUCUGCGAAGAAAAGCCCGAGCCGCUUUGCAGACGGAAGGCGGCGUAAAUAGGGAGAUUACAAAGGAGGAACAUAGCGGAGCUUCAGAACAUCUCAACCUCUUCACAGUCGAGGAGUCUGUGGAAAAGAAGGACAAUGAAGAGUAUAUUAAGGAAAAGAAAGAGGAGCAGGAAAAACAAGAGCGCGCCAUCGGCUUGCUUGUCUCCCUCGGACCCCAGCCGGGUACCGAAGUCACUCCGUGGUACAUGAAAUCGGGCCCGGAGACGGAAGAAGAGAGGAAAGAAAGGGAGAAGAGGAAUGAACAGAGGAACGACAAAAGAAAAGAGUUAAGCGAGGAGGAGCGGGAGAAGAAGGAUCGCCGGUUGAAGGACAGUUUGGACCCGUUGAAGGAGAUGAAGAAAGCAAUGGGGGAGACGGCCGCCAAGAUACACAAGAGCAAGAAAAAGGACAAAAAAGACAGAGGGGAAAAAAGGAAAAGUGGGGAAAGCUCCAUUGAGAAACUCAGAGCGGAGCGUCUUCAGCGCGAGGCGGAGGAGCAGCGGCGGGCAAAAGCGCUGCUCGCUCAACGCAACGGCAAGGACAAGCGCGAGGACAUGGAAGUGAACGAGCGCGAACGGCCGUACAAUAGCGCCUACUUCCCGGAGCUGGCGCGCAAGCGGCAACGGCGUGACAGGGACAGCUGGAGGGACGAGAUUUUGAAAUUGUAA